GAGAAAACUGAGAACCUUGAACCGACGGCAGAGCACGAGCACACAGGGACAGAGAGCGAGAGAGGGAAGGAGGUACAGGGAAGGAAAGCAGACCACAGAACACGGAGAGAAACAGAACAGAACAAGGAGCGAGGGAGAGAUAAGCGAGGGACUGGCAGAACACUGAUAAGCACAUGGUGUGAAAAUGCCUACAAACUUCACAGUGGUUCCUGUGAAGGAUGUCAGGAAGUCCCGGGAAGAGGAAGAGGAGGAGGAUGAAGAUGUGGAUGACAACAAUGUCUUCAGAGAGGAAGACGAGGCUGCCCACUUCCCAGGCGAUGGCAUGCCAAAGGAAAGCAGUCCCUUCAUUAACAACACAGACCAUGACAAAGGGAAUCUAUAUGAUGGGAAGAACAUGGCCCUCUUCGAGGAAGAGAUGGACAGCAACCCCAUGGUGUCCUCGCUGCUCAACAAGUUGGCCAACUACACCAACCUCACUCAGGGGGUGAAAGAGCACGAGGAGGCAGACGAUGAGGAGGGGUCAGCCAGGAGUAAGAAACCAGUCAAGAGUCCCGCGUUGGGCACAUUAAUUGGGGUGUACCUGCCCUGCCUCCAAAACAUCCUGGGGGUCAUCCUGUUCCUGCGUCUCACCUGGAUCGUGGGAACCGCCGGCAUCAUGGAAUCCCUUGCCAUUGUGGUCAUGACCUGCUCCUGUACAAUGCUGACAGCCAUAUCAAUGAGUGCCAUCGCUACGAAUGGUGUAGUUCCAGCUGGAGGCUCCUACUACAUGAUCUCAAGGUCGCUGGGGCCAGAGUUCGGCGGGGCUGUGGGGCUCUGCUUCUACCUGGGGACCACCUUCGCUGGCUCCAUGUACAUCCUCGGUACAAUAGAGAUUCUGUUAACCUACAUUGUGCCUAGUGCGGCCAUCUUCAAGGCAGAGAAGAAGGAGAAUGAGCCGGAGGCACUGCUCAACAACAUGCGGGUGUACGGCACCUGCUGCCUCACCCUCAUGUCCCUGGUGGUGUUUGUGGGGGUCAAGUACGUCAACAAGCUGGCCCUGGUCUUCCUGGCUUGUGUCAUCCUCUCCAUUCUGGCCAUCUACGCCGGAGUAAUCAAGACCGCCUUCGAACCGCCAGACUUCCCUAUUUGCCUGUUGGGGAACCGCACGUUGCAGAACCACAACUUUGACCAGUGUUUGAAGACGAUGGAGGUGGACAACGUGACGGUCACCACCAAGCUGUGGUCCCUGUUCUGUGACUCUCCGGACCUCAACGCCACCUGCAACGAAUACUUCACUCUCAACAACGUCACUGUGAUCCAGGGAAUCCCUGGCCUGACCAGCGGGGUCAUCAGAGACAACAUCUGGGGGGACUACGGUCCUAAAGGCAUGUUGGUAGAGAAUAAGCACCAGGUGUCGGAGCCGGCUGCAGACACCUCCCAGGAUAUAUACAUGCCCUACGUGGCCAAUGACAUCACCACCUUCUUCACCCUGCUGGUGGGCAUCUACUUCCCCUCCGUCACAGGAAUCAUGGCUGGAUCCAACAGGUCUGGUGAUCUCAGGGAUGCCCAGAAGUCCAUCCCCAUAGGAACCAUCAUGGCCAUCGCCACCACCACCUUCAUCUACAUUAGUUCUGUCAUACUGUUUGGCGCCUGCAUCGAGGGGGUGGUGCUGAGAGACAAGUUUGGGGACUCUGUCAAAGGGAACCUGGUGAUUGGCAUCUUGGCUUGGCCCUCCCCCUGGGUGAUUGUGAUUGGCUCGUUCUUCUCAUGCUGUGGAGCAGGUCUACAGAGUCUCACUGGAGCACCCCGGCUGCUGCAGGCCAUCGCAAGGGACGGCAUCGUGCCAUUCCUACAGGUGUUUGGUCAUGGCAAGGCUAAUGGAGAGCCCACCUGGGCCCUGCUGUUGACUGGUGGGAUCUGUGAGAUCGGUAUCCUCAUCGCUUCUCUGGACGCUGUCGCCCCCAUCCUCUCCAUGUUCUUUUUGAUGUGCUACCUGUUUGUUAACCUGGCCUGUGCCCUCCAGACCCUGCUCUGCACCCCCAACUGGAGACCCCGCUUCAAGUUCUACCACUGGGCUCUGUCUUUCCUAGGCGCCAGUCUGUGUGUCUCCCUCAUGUUCAUCUCCUCCUGGUACUAUGCCCUGGUGGCCAUGCUCAUCGCUGGCUGUAUCUACAAGUACAUUGAAUACAGAGGGGCGGAGAAGGAGUGGGGGGACGGUAUCCGUGGUCUAUCGCUCAACGCUGCCCGCUACGCCCUCAUUCGCCUGGAGGAGGCACCGCCCCACACCAAGAACUGGAGGCCCCAGAUGCUGGUGCUAUUGAACCUGGAGUCUGACCACACAGUGAAACACCCACGCCUGCUCUCCUUCUGCACCCAGCUCAAAGCAGGGAAAGGCCUGACCAUCGUGGGCUCUGUGCUGCAGGGCACCUACAUGACCAAGGAGGACGAGGUCAAGAAGGCUGAGCAGAACGUCAAGUCGUCGAUGACGACGGAGCGUACCAAGGGUUUCUGCCAUGUGGUGGCAUCGUCCAACCUGCGCGAUGGUUUCUCCCACCUCAUCCAGACGGCAGGCCUAGGGGGCAUGAAACACAACACAGUCCUCAUGGCCUGGCCCGGCACCUGGAAACAGUCUAAUGACCCUGUCUCCUGGAAGAACUUCAUAGAAACUGUGAGGGAGACCACGGCGGCAAAUCAGGCAUUACUGGUGGCCAAGAACGUAGACAGCUUCCCCACCAACACGGAUCGCUUGGGCGAGGGCACCAUAGACGUGUGGUGGAUCGUCCACGACGGAGGACUGCUCAUGCUGCUACCCUUCCUCCUCCGCCAGCACAAGGUCUGGAGGAAGUGUAAGAUGCGUAUCUUCACGGUGGCUAAUAUGGAUGACAACAGUAUUCAGAUGAAGAAGGACCUGCAGAUGUUCCUUUACCACCUCCGUCUGGACGCUGAGGUGGAGGUGGUGGAGAUGCACGACAGCGACAUCUCAGCCUUCACCUAUGAGAAGACCCUGGUGAUGGAGCAGCGCUCUCAGAUGCUGAAACAGAUGCAGCUGUCGCGGACGGAGAGGGAGAGAGAGAUUCAGAGUAUCACCGACACGUCGCGUAGCUCCAUCCGGAGGAAGAACCAGACCGGAGCCUCGGGCUCCGAAUCUGACCCCAGUCGACAGCGGGAGGGCACACAGGAGGACGAGGCCCAGCUGAUCCACGACAGAAACACGGCGUCCCAUGCCGCGCUCAACGACAAGCCUGACACCGGCCCUGACCGAGUCCACAUGACGUGGACCAAGGAUAAGUUCCUCUCCGAGCGCAACCGCAACCGCUCCGAGGUCAACAUGGGUGUGCGCGACCUCUUCAACAUGAAGCCAGAGUGGGAGAGUCUGAACCAGUCCAACGUACGCCGGAUGCACACUGCGGUCAAGCUGAAUGAGGUGGUGGUGAACAGGUCACAAGGAGCCCACCUGGUCCUGCUCAACAUGCCGGGACCGCCCAAGAACAGAGGGGGUGACGAGAACUACAUGGAGUUCCUGGAGGUUCUGCUUGAGGGUCUCAACCGGGUCCUCCUGGUCCGCGGGGGCGGCCGCGAGGUCAUCACUAUCUACUCUUAAACGCUCAUUCCCACGAAAUGGCCACGGCAAUAGAUGGCAUUUUAGGGAGAAAUAAUCCUUUGGGUUGCUGUGGGAUUGUCGGAGGGGGGUGGGCAUGGUAUUGGACAGAGGACUUCUUGACCUCGGAAGGGACGACCAGUCAGGGUUGUGUGAUGUGAUAGCAUUGCCCUGAUUCGUGGAGAGCACAGGUGUCCUGGGGCCUGCCUAUCACGCCGAGCGACUGGAGGAUACAGCAUUCAUACACUUUAACUUUUAAUUUGACACGUGUUGUUUAUUGUUCAGAUUUUCUUAUUCUCUCCUCACUCUGUGUCUCUCUGUGUGUGUGUGUUGAGUUGUCAUGUAUGUUCAUGGUAAUUGUGUACCAUGGACCCUAGUCAUGUGUAAUGCACUAUGUAGGGAAUCAUCAUUUAGUUUGUCCUCAUUUUGGUUCAAAUUGAUGUCACCCGGCUGCCUCCUAAGGUAUCUCUCAGCUCAGAAAUACAUCUCCUAUGAACCCUGAAAUAGAUGAAUAUUUCCUGGUCCAUCUAAUAUCGGUAUGAACCAAAUAGAAACAUGUUGCCUUGGAAUAUCAUGUGGCGGUGAAUGGUUGCAGUAUCCUAGCCCACAGCAGAGCUCUGUUAGAGUGGAUGGAGGUGGCAAGUCCAAAACAAAGCUUACUUUUAUUUCAAAUCUGUCCCACACAUCAAGUUGUUGCUAUGGCUUUCCUGAGCUCCAUUGUCCCUUGAUUAUUAAAGGUGGGGGUCACAUUAGGAGCUCUUCCAUCCUACUGGUACACUCUUAUUCGUCUGAAUCUACUCGCAGAGGAGUUCUGUCAACCUCACUUCCAAUUGAGGAAGUGAGGAGGUUUAGCUCAUAAGUGGAUGGGUCCACCAGUUUGGACUAGGGUUCAUUCAUUUAUUUCAAUUGUCAAGGGAUUAAUUGUUAAUGUUGCUUGUGCUAAUUGUCAGCUCGUUGUUGUUGAGUGCAGCACAAUGUCUGAAAGAGGUGUGUGUGGGGGGGGCUUUGGCAUGGGAUAGGCCAAGGAUUUGGCUGUGCAAUAGAUGCUGUUGAUGUGGUGACUUGCAGACAUCUCACUAAGCCCUGAGACACUGAAGGUGGUCCACCUUGCCUGGGAGGUCUCCUAAAUGGACCCUGUGGUAUUGGCUCUGUAGCAUUGGUCAAAGCACCCCAAGUACAGCCGUUGCAUUGGGAAGAUAGCCAUACUAUUGUAUUUAGCCCUUGUUGACUGUAUGUUACACACAGUACACCGCAUUACGCAUAUUUAUAUAAAGAUUCACAAAGUUGCGAUUUAUUGGAAAUUGUACUCAAGGGUGCAGGGUAUGGAACUUUUUUGUUGUAAAGAUCCUAUGUUCAGGAGUGCUGGUUUAAAUUCACGUGCUGUUCCACAGCUUAACAAGUCUAGGACAACUGGGGUCAUUAAGGUACUUCCCCUACCAGAGCCCUUUAGAUCUAUGCAUCAACGUACAGGACAAAUCAUGAGCUGGUUUGACACUACAGCUCAAUCUGACCUAAUCAUCAACUAAAAGAAUUGGUCAAUUGUCUUCGACCCUCAAUCAGAAACAAAAGGUUGUUGUUGGAGCCAUCGUGCCAAAUAGUGUGCCCCCCCCCUGGCCAAAUAGAUAUAGCAACGGACGCUAAUGGUUUAGAGGGGCACACUAUUUGGCAUGACAGAACCACUGUUUUGUCCGUUUUAGGUGUCAUUAGGGACAUCGUCAACACACAGCAUUUUGCUCCGUCUUUUUGAUUUACAGUUCUGCAGUAUUUUCUGUUCACUACAUAGUUUAGCUCUGCUAAUAGACGUCUUUAGGCUGGGAUGCUAUCACAGGGGUUGGGUUAAAUGCAGAAGACACAUUUAAGCUGAAUGCAUUCAGUUGUACAACUGACUAGGUAUUUCCUCCCUUUCCUUGUAAUACAGUGACCACUACAUUCACAUGGUUGGGAUUUAUGAGUAUCACUUGUCUAUCGCAGGACACCAAACCAAGAUUCUGUACUGGAAUAGAAUAGACGGGAAGAGUGUCAUUAUGAAGUAGCUCUGAACCAUCACUGUUUUCUCUCUCUGGAGAUGAGCAUGCAGAGUGGGGGGUGGGGUUACUGAAAACAUGCUGUCUCUUAGAGCAAUCACAUAGGACAGAUGUGGGGUCCACAGGAUGUGGGGGCCACAGGAUGUUGGGGCCAUAGGAUGUGGGGGCCAUAGGAUGUGGGGGCCAUAGGAUGUGGGGUCCAUAUAAAUCAGCUGAUCACACUGUUCAAUGUCAGGCUUUGUUCUCCUAUUAUGUGUAUGCUUAUUCUCUAGGUUUCAUGUCAGCUGACCCCGAUGAAUCAUUUUGACUUUGUAUAGGAAGAAGCGUGCCAAAUAGACUGAUGUGAAAGUAUAUGUUUGUCAAUGUCAGCCACAGUGCACGCGUUAACAGACAAAGGUGCUUUUAGGGCGGGGCGAGAUCACUUUAAUUUGUAAAUACAUUACAAUGCAUGAUAACCACUUAAUUAUUUUGAUUUGGAAACACAGAUUUACACACAUUUGAACACAAAUUAUUAGCUAAAAGAAAAUGUUGAGUUUCUGGUUACAAAAUUGAAAAGGCACUCACACAUCUGAGCUGUCUUUGUUGCAGGUGCAUGGUAACAGUUGGAUAAGAUGAGGGGGAAAUAAAAGAGAGCUUUGACGAAGGCCUUGAGGACGAUACGUAAAGCUUAAUAAAGAGAGCAGUGAUACCAACGAGCAGUAUGCAGGUUCCUAGUUACAAAAUUACUUCAUUGUAGGCUGCAUAUUAACAGUGGAAGCAAUGUCAUCUGCGAUUUCUAGGGCACAUGAAGGCUACUUCUAUAGGCAACUGACACCAGAUAUAGGAAACUAUUGGGACAAAGGAAGGAACCAAUCCCCUAACUCCUGUAUAUAUACCUCCGCAUUUUAUUUAGAACUUUUUUUUGUAGCUGUGCAGUAUUUUGUUGCCAGAACAUUGUAUAUUUCAACAGUAUGUCUCAAUUAGUGUCUCUGAGUGUCUCUGAGUCGACCAUCGGUUAGACAAUGUUGUGUCUAGUUAGUCGUAGUUUCUGUCUGCCCUUAACAGUUACGUUAUACCGGACUCUGUGACUUUUCAGGACUGGAGUCUUGUGAUUUUAAGGAGGGGUAGGGGUUAUAUGUCAAGACAUUUGCAGGUAUGUUUGUGUUUUUUCCUAACCCAUGGGAAACACGACAUGGACAAAGUUUUUGAAGACCUCUGCUUGGACUCUGGUGGAGAUUUCACAGAAAGGAUUUUAGAGGAGCCAGUUGGAGAAUGGGUUAUGUUACUAAUAUGAUUUUAAGUUAAUUUAACAUGUUUUAUUAUUUUAAGGUUUCUAGCCCCCAAAGAUCAAAUCUUUGAGACUGAUAUGAAAUAUCACGUUGUUAGUAGUGUAAAAAACCUUAGAGGACACAAAGCUAAGGCUUCUGGGUAACUGUAUAGGACGUGUAAGCAGCAUAUGUUCCACCAUUCUGGUUCAAGUGACGAGAGAAUGUAUCUCGAGGUGAAUACCGUUGUCAAAGGAGAAUAAACUUGUUCGAAUCGCUUUCUCUUUUUUUUCUUCUCUCUCUGUAAAUGAUAACAAUCUUUUAUAUGAAGCGAUUGAGGAGUGAGAAGCAGUGUGUCCGCGUGUGGUGCUACUGCUUCUGUCCCAGCUUAGUGGAUACACGUCACAGACUCCAGUCGGAAGUCACUUGUGGGCACACGUAGUGGAGGGAGUAGCCCUUUUCAAUUGUAUCCGUGCCUCUGAGUAGAUAUAAAUAAAAGUGCUGAAUUAUGUCAGAACUG